UUCCUGCAUCUACUCCUUCUAUUCUACAACCUAGACGAAACCCUUUUGAUAUUCCUUAUGACUCAAAUGAAGAGAAACCUGAUCUUAAGGGGGACAAUUUUCAACAAGAGUUUACAGUGUUUCGUCAAAAAGAUAAAAAAGAUUCCCUUUUUCGGAGGCAUGAAAGUUUCAGCGUAAGACCUUCAAAAAGAUUCCUUUUUUCAUGAACAAUUUAGUGUAGGGGAAACGUCUCACGAAACAACCGGGGGAUGGCCUAGUGCACUAGACGGACCAUAGGCAUGGGGUUCCUCCCACGACGUCAUCACCUCUCAAUGGACCCCUCCGUCGCCGACGUGGCCGUCGAGAGGCUUUCGGGCUACGACACUGUGACGAACAUCAUCAACGGAGGCCUGGAGUGCGAUAAAGGACAGGAUAGCAGGAUGGAGGACCACUCGGGUUCUUCAAAAGAUACUGUGAUCUGCUUGGAGUUAGUUAUGGCAACAACCUUGACUGCUACUCCCAGACCCCAUUCAGAAAUUCACUACUUAAUCUCCAUUCCUUCGUCUGAUCUACAACCACCUCUCAGAUUUUUAAUCCCAAAUUGAAUUUCAUUGAACCCUAAGUCCCUUUUCAGAAAUCCCUAAUAUUAUAUUAUUACAUUCUACCAAAUUCCACGCAUAAAGGCAUAAACCAUGUCACGUUUCAACUCUCACCAUGCUAACUUAAAGAAAUUAACACGUCUUUCUCUCACCUGUGCAAAAACUUAACCAUGUUAACUACAUUUA